AUGUGUAAUGAUAGUUAUAGCUAUUGCAAAAUGCGAUCUUAUUAUGCCUUCACCAUAAUCAGCUUUAUAUUUUCGUUGGUUCAAUUUGGUCUCGCGCUUGGUUUUAUGUUUGGCGGAUACUAUUACCCCAUUUGGUCGAACAUUGUAUCAUCAGUUUUAGCUAUUUUUGGUUUUUCUUUUACCAUGGCAUGCAUGAUAUUGCUAUCACAAGGGGUCUUCUGUACUCCAUCAUCGACGCGUCUUCCGACCUAUACACCAUACACUUAUGGAAGUAUUACCAACAACCAGCAGAUAGUUGCUCCUCACAUUCCUCAAUCUAAUAAUCAACCCGCUAUGACUGCGAAUAUGAACCCUGGAUUAGGUUCACAACAACCGACCAUAUUUCAAUCGCUUGAUGGUAGACAAUUUUAUGUUGCAGUACCAGCUAAUGCAGUCAUUCAACCGCAGGUUGCUGCAUCUACUAAUGCGAUCGUUCAACCACAACCUCCCAAUUAUCAAGUUACUAAUAGCAGCCAAAAUUCUAAAGCUUGA